AUGGAAGAGGGUUCUGAAGAGUUUAGAGAUAAUGGUGCUGCACGUGAGAAAAAAGGAAAAAUGAAAAUGACCAAACCAGUGGAGAAUGAGUCAAGCUAUGCUACACCCAGGAAAAGUAAGAAAGAUGUGAGGUUUUCUAAUCACUUUGAGGUUUUACCCUCUCCAGUCAAUUCAAAUCCAGCGAAAGGGACUGUGGAGGGAGAUAAUCUAGUUAGAGGAAAGCGGUUCACGCCUGCAGAGGACGAGAUCAUCAAAGCUGCUGUUAACGACUAUAUACUGAGUCACGACUUAGGUGACGAAGGCCUGGACAUGGUCCUCAACUGUAGAAAGCACCCCGAGUGGAAGAAGCUGGCGGACAAGCUCGGCAAGUGCGAUAUCCAUGUGAGUAACGCCUGGCGGAGGAUAAAAUUGGUCAACCGCAAGAAAGGGCACUGGUUUCAGGACGAGUACCAGAAACUGUUUGACCUCAUGAACAUUGACCUGCAGGCGAAGCUUGGGGAAGAGAAGAAGUCCCAGUACGAGAUGCUGCGUGACAAUAUCUGUUGGACGGCAAUUAGUGAUAAGCUGUCAACCCGUACUUGGGAAUUUUGUUGUAAGAAGUGGUACAAGCAGCUGACCUCGUCCAUGGUGGCCCAGGGCGUGUGGGCCAACUCAGACGACUACGGCCUAAUUGGCGGGCUUUAUAGCCUGGAUGCGACCUGCGUGGAGGAUGUGGACUGGGAUGGUGUUGUUGAGGGCAGGGAUGGGAAAGUGCGCCGAAAGCGUUGUAAUCAGAUGGAUUUACAUUUGGGGCGGAAUGGGCAUAAGUCGUUUGUCGAGCAGGUGGAAGUCUCGACGUGGAGAUACUGCCCUCAUCUUCUGGAGGCGAGAGAGGCUUGGGACAGUAAACCAAGAGUUCCAUGA